GAUUAGGACACCUGAUUCUUAUCCUUCGGAUGGGUGGCCAACUACUUUUGGCAAUAUAGUGUAGCCAUCAUCAACCCCAAACAGGCCAGAGACAACAAGAGCUUCAACUUUGAUUACUCCUACUGGUCCCACACCACGCCGGAGGAUGCCAACUUCGCGUCCCAGAAGCUGGUCUACCAAGACAUCGGAGAGGAAAUGCUGCUCCACGCCUUCGAGGGCUACAACGUCUGCAUCUUCGCCUACGGCCAGACGGGCGCCGGCAAGUCCUACACCAUGAUGGGCAAGCAGGACGUGAAGGAUCAACAGGGGAUCAUGCCAUUGUUAUGUGAGGAUCUGUUUACAAAAAUCAACGACCACACAGACAACAGCAUGUCUUACUCUGUGGAGGUGAGCUACAUGGAGAUCUACUGUGAGCGCGUGCGCGACCUGCUCAACCCUAAAAACAAAGGCAACCUCCGAGUGCGAGAGCAUCCUCUGAUGGGACCCUACGUGGAGGACCUGUCCAAGCUGGCCGUCACCGACUACAACGACAUCCAGGACCUGAUGGACUCUGGCAACAAGGCCAGGACUGUGGCCGCGACCAACAUGAACGAGACCAGCAGUCGCUCCCACGCCGUCUUCAACAUCAUCUUCACUCAGAAACGCCACGAUGCCGACACUGACAACACCUUAGAGAAGGUCAGUAAGAUCAGUUUGGUGGACUUGGCCGGCAGCGAAAGAGCCGAUUCCACCGGAGCCAAAGGAACCAGGCUGAAGGAAGGAGCUAACAUCAACAAAUCUCUAACCACGCUGGGAAAAGUCAUCUCCGCUUUAGCAGAUGUGGACUCGGGACCCAACAAGAACAAAAAGAAGAAGAAGGCAGAAAGUUUUAUUCCCUACAGAGACUCCGUCCUCACCUGGCUGCUCCGAGAGAAUCUGGGUGGGAACUCUCGCACCGCCAUGGUCGCCGCGCUGAGCCCGGCCGACAUCAACUAUGACGAGACGCUCAGCACGCUCAGGUACGCCGACCGCGCCAAGCAGAUCCGCUGCAACGCCGUCAUCAACGAGGAUCCCAACAACCGGCUGGUGCGCGAGCUGAAGGAGGAGGUGUCCCGUCUCAAGGAUCUCCUCUUCGCCCAGGGUCUGGGCGACAUCAUCGACACAUUCCCAGGCUCCGCCGCUGAGAUCCAGGAUUUGAAAUUGACCAACGCCAUGACGGGCAUGAGUCCCUCCCCGUCUCUGUCCGCCUUGUCCAGCCGGGCCGGAUCCAUCGCCAGCCUGCACGACCGCAUCAUGUUCAGCCCGGGCAGCGAGCAGGCCAUCGAGCGCCUUAAGGAAACGGAGAAGAUCAUUGCCGAGCUUAACGAGACGUGGGAGGAGAAACUUCGCCGCACAGAAGCCAUUCGAAUGGAACGGGAGGCCCUGCUGGCAGAAAUGGGCGUGGCCAUGCGAGAGGACGGCGGGACAGUGGGCGUCUUCUCCCCGAAGAAGACGCCUCAUCUGGUCAACCUCAACGAGGACCCCCUCAUGUCCGAGUGUCUGCUCUACUACAUCAAGGAUGGCAUCACAAGGGUGGGUCGUCUUGACGCCAGCAGCCGCCAGGACAUCGUCCUCAGUGGUCACUUCAUCAAGGACCAGCACUGCACCUUCACCAGCUGCACUGAUGUGCAGGGAGAGACAGCCGUGGUCCUCCAGCCGUGUGAAGAAGCCCUGACCUAUGUCAACGGCAAGAGAGUGACCCAGCCCACAGUUCUCAGAUCAGGAAACCGCAUCAUCCUGGGGAAGAGCCACGUGUUCCGCUUCAACCACCCGGAGCAGGCCCGAGCCGAGAGGGAGAGGACCCCCUGUGCCGAGACCCCCGCAGAGCCCAUGGACUGGGCCUUUGCCCAGAGGGAGUUGCUGGACAAGCAGGGCAUUGACAUGAAGCAGGAGAUGGAACAAAGGCUGCAGGAGCUGGAGGAGCAGUACCGCAAAGAAAGAGAGGAGGCCAACAACCUGCUGGAGCAGCAAAGACUGGACUACGAGAGCAAGCUGGAGGCUCUUCAGAAGCAGGUGGAUCGUUAUUACCCAGAAGCCCCUGAGGAAGAGGAGGAGCCAGAAGAAGAAGUGGCGUGGAGCCACAAGGAGCGAGAGCUGGCGGUGUGGACCUUCCGCAGGUGGAGGUCUUACCAGUUCACCUCUCUGCGGGACCUGCUGUGGGGCAACGCCAUCUUCCUCAAGGAGGCCAACGCCAUCAGCGUGGAGCUGAAGAAGAAGGUCCAGUUCCAGUUUGUGCUGCUGACAGACACCCUCUACUCGCCUCUACCGCCUGACCUGCUGCCAGCCAGCAAAGACCUGGACCACACGCACUUUCCUCAGACCAUGGUCGCCGUGGAGGUGCAGGACCAGAAGAACGCAGCCACUCACUACUGGACCUUGGAAAAACUAAGGCAGAGGCUGGAUCUCAUGAGGGAGAUGUACGACCGCGCUGCUGAAGUUCCUCCCACCACCACGUCAACAGACGACGGCGAGAGCGCCAUGACGGGCAGCGACCCUUUCUACGACCGCUUCCCAUGGUUCCGUCUGGUCGGCAGAAACCCUCUUUUCAACACUUGCAUGAGCGAGCGCAUGAGCGAGCCCACCCCGUCCCCGACCCUCUCCAGCUCUGAAAUGACCGAGCCGGCGGAGGGUCGAGGGGAGGAGGAGGAGUUGGAGGACCUGGACGAUGAUAUCUUUUUGGACGACUCAUGCUUGGAGCUGGGGGGAGAGGAGGAGGAGGAUGAUGAUGAGGAUGAGGAGGAGCGAGAGCUCUGCCAAGGUUCCAGCGAAGGCCAGGAUCCCUUUUACGACCGCUCGCCGUUAUUCAGUGUAGUGGGAAGGUCCUUUGUCUACCUCAGCAACCUGCUCUACCCCGUGCCCCUGGUCCACCGCGUGGCCGUGGUCAGCGAGAAGGGAGACGUGAAGGGUUUCCUGCGAGUGGCGGUGCAGGCCAUAUCGGCCGACGAGGAGGCCCCGGACUACGGCUCCGGGGUGAGGCAGUCGGGCACGGCCAAGAUCUCCUUUGAGGACCAGCAGUAUGAAAAGUUCCAGUCAGAGUCCUGCUCAGCGGGCCUGUCCCGGAUCGGGACCUCCCAGGAGGAGCUUCGGAUCGUAGAAGGCGAGGGUCAAAGUGCCGAGAUGGGACCCUCAGCGGACGAAGUCAACAAUAACACAUGUGCGGCUGGUGGCGAAGAAGGCGAGCCCGGUCUGGACGACCAGACGGACACUCCGGAGCACCUCAGAGUGGGCAGCGUUUUCACCUUUAGGGUGACGGUGCUGCAAGCCUCCAGUAUCUCCGCAGAGUACGCCGACAUCUUCUGCCAGUUCAAUUUCAUUCACCGCCACGAUGAGGCCUUCUCCACGGAGCCCCUGAAGAACACAGGCCGGGGCCCCCCGCUGGGCUUCUACCACGUGCAGAAUAUCGCGGUGGAAGUGACCAAGUCCUUGGUGGACUACAUCAAGACCCAGCCUCUGGUGUUUGAGGUGUUUGGACACUACCAGAAGCAGCCCUUUCUUCCCCUCUGUAAAGACAUCAUCAGUCCACUGCGGCCGUGCAGGAGACAGUUCCCACGCGUGAUGCCUCUGUCCCAACCAGUACCUGCCACCAAGCUGACAGCCGUGACCCGCCCACAAGCCGGGCCGUGCCACUGCAAAUACGACCUGAUGGUUUUAUUUGAGAUCUGCGAGCUGGAGGCCAACGGGGAUUACAUCCCUGCUGUGGUGGACCACAGAGGAGGGAUGCCUUGUCACGGCACCUUCCUGCUGCACCAGGGCCUCCAGAGGAGAAUCACUGUGACCAUAGUCCACGAGUCAGGGGGCGACAUUGAAUGGAGGGAUGUCCGAGAGCUUGUUGUGGGACGUCUCCGCAACACGCCUGAAUCUGACGAGACCCUGGUGGACCCUAAUAUUCUGUCCCUCAACAUCUUGUCUGCCGGCUACGUCAAGCCCUUGCAGGACGACAGACAGUUUCUUGAUUCCGACAUGCCUAGGACCUUCUAUCGCUUUGAGACGGCCUGGGACAGCUCCAUGCACAACUCCUUGCUCCUCAACCGGGUGACGCCGUGCGGGGAGAAGAUCUACAUGACACUGUCUGCCUACUUGGAGAUGGAGAGGUGCACUCAGCCGGCCGUCAUCACCAAAGACAUCUGCAUGCUCUUCUACUCUCGCGACACCAAGCUCUCUUCCUCUCGCUCCAUCCGCAACCUUUUUGGCACAGGAAGUCUGAGAGCGGCAGACGGGAACCGUGUCAGCGGCGUGUACGAGGUCAGCUUGUGCAACCUGGCCGACGCAGGAAGUCCAGGCAUGCAGAGACGACGCAGGCGGGUGCUGGACACCUCGGUGGCGUACGUGCGCGGGGAGGAGAACCUGGCCGGGUGGAGGCCUCGCAGCGACAGCCUGAUCCUGGAGCACCAGUGGGAGCUGGAGAAACUCAGCCUGCUUCAAGACGUGGAGAAGACCAAACAUUUCCUCCUGCUGAGAGAGAAGCUGGAGUCCACCCUGCUGGACGCUAACACAGAAGAACUUCUCAGCCACCAGCCGGAUGUGGCCGGCGCUUCGGAGCUCACCAGCGAGAGGCAGCGCCAGCUCGCCAUGAAGGUUGUGCCUCGCUCACACUCUCCCGUCUGUUGCCAGGAUACGGCAGGUAAAUGUGAAGAAACUUUGUCCACGCAGUGUCUGCGCCUGCUGUCUCACUCCUUCGACCGGGACCACCGCCACCUGUGUGUCAGCGCCAGUGAGAGCAAGAUAUCGCAGAUGUCCGUCACCACGCUCGGAGACUCCGCCUCCGUGUCCGCCCUCAACACCAUCACACCCUCCUCCACCUGCCCUUCCCUGGUGGAGGGUUGCUAUAGCAACGCUGAACUCAGACCUCCCGCUCUUCGCUCCCGUGCCGUCAGCCCGGGUCCCGACACGCAGCAGGACGCGGGUCCCGACACGCAGCAGGACGCAGACCCCAAGACGUGUGAAGAGAAACCUCGCAUCCGUAGAUUUGUCCCUGACAUCCAGGAGAUCCGAGUCAGCCCCAUCGUGUCCAAGAAAGGCUAUCUGCACUUCUUGGAUCCGCACACCAACAGCUGGGUGAAGCGCUACGUGGUGGUGCGCCGGCCCUACGUCUACAUUUACAACACGGAGCGUGACGGCGUGGAGCGCGCCAUCCUCAAUCUGUCCUCCGCUCAGGUGGAGUACAGUGAGGACCAGCAGGCCAUGCUGAAGACCCCCAACACCUUUGCUGUGUGCACGGAGCAUCGUGGGAUAUUACUUCAAGCUGGCAGUGACAAGGACAUGCAUGACUGGCUGUAUGCCUUCAACCCUCUCCUGGCAGGGACCAUCAGGUCAAAGUUGUCCAGAAGACGAGUGGGACAGAUGAGGAUGUGAGGACCGAGGGCAAAGGGGUCCGGGGGGGGGGUCAUGACAAAGACUUGACUUGUACAUAGAAAGCCCCUCCCCCGCGACCACGAAGGCCCACCCGGCGGCGAGGACGAGGCGUCCCUGUCAUAACGUGUGGUGAUGUAGUUGUUGUCCUGGGGCAUGAUUCUCUUCUCUCGCUGCUCCACACCUCCUUUUUCUUUACCUGCCUCGCUUAUUUAUUCCCGCAUGGAUUUAUUUACAAAGACAUUUAUAUUUCUAAAGUACGGUGCAAUUUCUGCACACUGCACUUUGUAAGAAGCUCGUCGCUGUUUCCCUCCGUCACGUUGGCCACCCGCGGGAAACGUCCGCUUUUCAGUUUGGCCGAGUCAGCAGAAUAAUGUCAUGCAGUGCCUCUCUCUCUCUCUCUCUCUCUCUCUCUCUCUCUCUCUCUCUCUCUCGCUUCAGUUUGCCUCUGAUCAAGGGUGUUGUCAGUCUGUGACCUUCAUGCUGCGACCUUCAUCUUCUCUUCUGUCCAACAGCGAGCCAUGUCUGCUCCUGGCAGGGCACCCACCAAAUCCCCCCCCCCACCCGUCCAAUUGACCAAGUUAGGGUACCAGUUUGGCGAUCACUCCAGCAGCACUGAGAGCAGACUCAGCCAAACUACCUCUCGGUCGUUUUUGCAAAAGAAAUUGACUUAAAAAAAACAAAAACGCUCCAACAUGACGUUAAGUAAGGCUCCGGUACUCUGAAAAUGCGCUAGCUUGAUGCUAAUAUACAUUGUCUUUGCUAUUGACGUGCUAGCUAGCAGGCACAAGACAUUGAAACAACGUUGAGAAUUGGUUGAAUGAGGUCCUGAUGUUGAGUGACUCGAACAUAACGUUGAAACAACAUGCUUUUUGACGACGCUAAAUCAAUGUCAGGUUGUGAUGUUGAUUUGACAUUGACUUUUGGUCAUUUCCCAACCAAUAUUCUACAAAACAAAUACAACGUUGAAACAACAUGCUUUUUGACGACGUUUAAUCAAUGUCAGGUUGUGAUGUUGAUUUGACAUUGACUUUUGGUCAUUUCCCAACCAAUAUUCUACAAAACAAAUACAACGUUGAAAUAACAUGCUUUUUGACGACGUUUAUUAAAAUUUUGGUCAUUUCCCAACCAAUAUUGUACAAAACAAAUACAACGUUGAAACAACAUGCUUUUUGAUGACGUUUAAUCAAUCUUGGGUUCUCACGUUGAUUUAACCAUUGAAUUUUGGUCAUUUCCUAAACAAUAUUCUACAACACAAAUACAACGUUGAAACAACAUGCUUUUUGACAACGUUUAUUAAAAUUUUGGUCAUUUCCUAAACAAUAUUCUACAACACAAAUACAACGUUGAAAUAACAUGCUUUUUGACGACGUUUAUUACAAUUUUGGUCAUUUCCCAACCAAUAUUCUACAUCACAAAUACAACGUUGAAACAACAUGCUUUUUGACAACGUUUAUUAAAAUUUUGGUCAUUUCCCAACCAAUAUUCUACAUCACAAAUACAACGUUGAAACAACAUGCUUUUUGACGACUUUUAAUCAAUGUUGGGUUCUGACGUUGAUUUGACCAUUGAAAUUUGGUUAUUUCCCAACCAAUAUUCUACAACAAAAAUACAACAUUGAAACAACAUGCUUUUUGACGACGUUUAUUAAAAUUUUGGUCAUUUUCUAACCAAUAUUGUACAACACAAUACAACAUUGAAACAACAUGCUUUUUGACGACGUUUUAUCAAUGUUGGGUUCUGACGUUGAUUUGACAUUGAAUUUUGGUCAUUUCCCAACACAAAUACAACGUUGAAACAACAUGCUUUUUGACGACGUUUAAUCAAUCUUGGGUUCUCACGUUGAUUUGACCAUUGAAUUUUGGUCAUUUCCUAAACAAUUUUCUACAACACAAAUACAACGUUGAAACAACAUGCUUUUUGACAACGUUUAUUAAAAUUUUGGUCAUUUCCCAACCAAUAUUCUACAACACAAAUACAACGUUGAAACAACAUGCUUUUUGACGAUAUUUAAUCAAUGUUGGGUUCUGACGUUGAUUUGACAUUGAAAUUUGGGUAAUUUCCCAACCAACAACGUGGAUCCAACGUUGGACAUCGACCAUGUCUCAAUUUACAAAUACAACUAUUUUGCAACGUUGUUCCGAAGUCAGUUUUAAAGGACGUGUACGUAUAAUCAACGUUGUAUACAAUGUCUCGUGCCUGCUGGAUACUGAUUAGCAUUAGCGAUUUUACAUGGCAAUUUCAACACCUCCCACAUUUGUGAACUACAACCAAGAUGCACGUUACAAUCAAACUGUUGUGUUAUAAAUGCGAUACUUACAGUAUUAACACUUUUUAGGGCGCAACAAAAACCAUAAAAACACAGAAUAAACUAUAGACUACUGCCAUCUCACGUCUGGGACUGUAACUGCAACUUCAAAUGACAAUGUGAUGAUAAUAAAAACAAGAUAUGGACAGCCGUUAUCAUAAUCCUCUCAUUUUUAAAUGUUGCAAUAAAAAAUAGAUUUACUAACACACACCCACAAAAGUGAGGGAAAUUGGUAAAGUUGAGUACUCGUAUCAGUUAUCUUAUGUGAAUUAUGUGUGAGAAGUCAGCGACAAAUAACAGUUGCUACCAUCCACCUCCCCCAACUAGGAACACUUUUUCUAGACAAUAUUUGUUGUCGACAACACUUGUACUUUUACACAGAAAAUCAUGUGAAAUGUAACAUUUGACCUUUGUGAAGGCAGCCAUGAGGAGGAGGAGGCUGCCACCUUUGUGUUUCUCACCUUCUUUACCUAAGUGCUGCCACUCACAACUUUCUUUGGCCCUUAUUUUGCAGUUGUACUCGAUACAAAAAGUACCCAUUGGUAUUGAUAUCAGCAAAAAAAGCAAAAAACAGUAUGAGAUUCUUCUGCUCGCAUCUAAAAUGUUUGCUACCAACGCGCCGAUACAAGCUGUCCUGUGAUAUCAUGUGUGAUACAAGCAGUCCUGUGAUAUCAUGUGUGAUACAAGCAGUCCUGUGAUAUCAUGUGUGAUACAAGCAGUCCUGUGAUAUCAUGUGUGAUACAAGCAGUCCCGCAGAGUGUUUACUUGGGUGUGAUAUCAUGUGCGAUACAAGCAGUCCUGCAGUGUGUUUACUUGUGUGAUAUCAUGUGCAAUACAAGCAGUCCUGCAGUGUGUUUACUUGUGUGUGAUAUCAUGUGCGAUACAAGCAGUCCUGCAGUGUGUUUACUUGUGUGUGAUACCAUGUGCGAUACAAGCAGUCCUGCAGUGUGUUUACUUGUGUGUGAUAUCAUGUGCGAUACAAGCAGUCCUGCAGACUGUUUACUUGGGUGUGAUAUAAUGUGGGAUACAAGCAGUCCCGCAGAGUGUUUACUUGUGUGUGAUAUCAUGUGCGAUAUAAGCAGUCCUGCAGUGUGUUUACUUGUGUGUGAUAUCAUGUGCAAUACAAGCAGUCCUGCAGUGUGUUUACUUGUGUGUGAUAUCAUGUGCGAUACAAGCAGUCCUGCAGUGUGUUUACUUGUGUGUGAUACCAUGUGCGAUACACGCAGUCCUGCAGUGUGUUUACUUGUGUGUGAUAUCAUGUGCGAUACAAGCAGUCCUGCAGACUGUUUACUUGGGUGUGAUAUAAUGUGGGAUACAAGCAGUCCCGCAGAGUGUUUACUUGUGUGUGAUAUCAUGUGCGAUACAAGCAGUCUUGCAGUGUGUUUACUUGUGUGUGAUAUGUGGGAUACAAGCAAUCCUGAAGAGUGUUUACUUGGGUGUGAUAUCAUGUGCGAUACAAGCAGUCCCGCAGUGUGUUUACUUGUGUGUGGUAUCAUGUGCGAUACAAGCAGUCCUGUAGAGUGUUGACUUGUGUGUGAUAUCAUGUGCGAUACAAGCAGUCCUGCAGUUUGCUUACUUGUGUGUGAUAUCACGUGGGAUACAAGCAGUCUUGAAGAGUGUUUACUUGGGUGUGAUAUCAUGUGCGAUACAAGCAGUCCCGCAGUGUGUUUACUUGUGUGUGAUGUCAUGUGCGAUACAAGCAGUCCUGCGGAGUUUUUACUUGUGUGUGAUAUCAUGUGCGAUACAAGCAGUACCGCAGAGUGUUUACUUGUGUGUGAUAUCAUGUGGGAUACAAGCAGUCCUGCCAAGUGUUGACUUGUGUGUGAUAUCAUGUGCGAUACAAGCAGUCCUGCCGAGUGUUGACUUGUGUGUGAUACCAUGUGCGAUACAAGCAGUCCUGCCGAGUGUUGACUUGUGUGUGUGUGAUAUCAUGUGUGAUAAAAGCAAUCCUGCAGUGUGUGUUUACUUGUGUGUGAUAUCAUGUGGUAUAAAAGCAGUCCUGCAAGAUUGUUGACUUGGGUGUGAUAUCAUGUGCAAUACAAGCAGUCAUGCAGAGUGUUGACUUGGGUGUGAUAUCAUGUGCGAUACAAGCAGUCCUGCCGAGUGUUGACUUGUGUGUGAUACCAUGUGCGAUACAAGCAGUCCUGCAGUGGGUUUACUUGUGUGUGAUAUCAUGUGCGAUACAAACAGUCCUGCCGAGUGUUGACUUGUGUGUGUAUGAUAUCAUGUGUGAUAAAAGCAAUCCUGUAGUGUGUUUACUUGUGUGUGAUAUCAUGUGCGAUACAAGCAGUUCUGCCGAGUGUUGACUUGUGUGUGGUACCAUGUGCGAUACAAGCAGUCCUGGCAAGUGUUGACUUGUGUGUGAUAUCAUGUGCAAUACAAACAGUCCUGCCGAGUGUUGACUUGUGUGUGUAUGAUAUCAUGUGUGAUAAAAGCAGUCCUGCAGUGUGUUGACUUGUGUGUGAUAUCAUGUGCGAUACAAGCAGUCCUGCAGAGUGUUUGCGCAAAGCUGGACAGUUAGUUAACAUCUAAAGUUCCUCCAAUUUCUUCUAUUUUAGUCAAGUCAUUUAAAAAAGGUAAACAUUGUAGGCUACUAGGAACUAGCAGCUACACAACAGCUAAGCACACAAGCUAGACAUAGGUCAUAAUAAUGGAACAAAGUUGACAUUUGUCAAUAUAAACAAAUAAUUGUAGUUACAUAAGACUUACACAUACAAAGUCUCCAAGGCAGAAGCGUGUUAGAAGGUAUCCAGUAACAAACGUGUCCGCAUCAUUGAACUUAUUGCCUCAUGAGCAGAACUCCAUGAAUUAGCUGACAAUUCCAAUGGUUUUUGAGCUGACAUUUAAAGGAACAGAUCUCUGUAUCGUCCCACUCGCUCUGCUGCAGUUUGGGACAUUUCAGGACAUUUUCUACAUGUUCCGAGCGUCGUUUUUUUGGGGGGGGAUUUUGUUGGUUCUGCUGCCAGUGUGAUGCAAGGUGCAACAUGUAGGGAAGGUAAACAGCAGGUUGCACACGUACGUCAGCCUGAGCUCACGCUAAUAAAAAAAACAAUAACAAACUGGCACUGAAGUUUUAUGCUUGCAAGCAUUGAGGCGCUUGUAAAAAGUAAAUUAUGUUCUUCUUUGAGAAUAUACACUAUAUUGUACUAUAUAUACACUAUAUUGUACUAUAUAUACACUAUAUUGUACUAUAUUGUACUAUAUAUACACUAUAUUGUACUAUAUAUACACUAUAUUGUACUAUAUUGUACUAUAUAUACACCAUAUUGUACUAUAUAUACACUAUAUUGUACUAUAUAUACACUAGUUAUAUAUAGUACACAAACGCUGCAAAACACGAGUGACGGGAAAUAAGUUUUGGGUUUUUUCAGUAAAAUGCUGUCAAAUUCGGUCGGUUUCAGCUGCACCUUUUUUUCUUUUUUUUUACUGCAAAAUGUACUGUUUGGUUUUUACACUGUGCUUCAAAAUAAUAACAUGCAUAAGCAAUGUGUGAUAAUAUGCUGAGGUGAAAAUGCCUUUACUGUACAUUCAUAUAUUAUUGUGCGUUGCUGACAAAACACACACAAAUAUUUCAACAAGUUGAAAAACUAUUUUCCGCAAGUAAACAAAACAAAAACAUUUGCCACUACAAAACGAUUUUCUUUCAUUAAAAAAAUGAUUUGCAAGUAUAAAAACUAUUCUCAAGAAUAAAACGGUUUACUACAAGAAAAACAACAAUUUGCAGUAUACAUUUUUUUUUUCAAUUAAAAGAAAGAUUCGCUAGUAAAAAAAAGCUAUUUUUUUGCCAGAAA